UGAACUGGUCCAAAUGUCUCUCUUUCUCUCCCUCUAUAUAUUAUGUAUGGGCUCUAUCCAGAUGUGCACAAGUUUUGUGGUACUCUUGUUCACUCCACGGUGAAACACCAAUACCUGAGAAAUCUCUCUCCCUCUCUCUAUAACUCUCUCUCUCUCUCUCUAGAAUAUUUUUGAUAUAUAAAAGUGAUGGCUGAGAUAUCAGGAGCAAAUGGUAACCAUGGAGUGGUUUUGAAUAUUAAAGAUGGUGAUCACGUCAAUCACAACCUUCCUGCCUCAGCAUCCAAAAACGAUGGAGACUCCGGAGGCAGCAGCUUUGUUACCAUACCUUUCAUGCAAAAGCUGAUAGCGGAGGUUUUGGGGACUUACUUCUUGAUAUUUGCCGGCUGUGCCGCGGUGGUGGUGAAUUCCGAUGAGGGCAAGGUGGUGUCACAUCCAGGAAUAUCAAUCGUCUGGGGACUGGUUGUGAUGGUAAUGGUGUACUCUGUUGGCCACAUCUCCGGUGCCCAUUUUAACCCCGCUGUCACCAUUGCCUUCGCAACCUGCAAAAGGUUUCCAUUGAAACAGGUGCCAGCCUAUGUAUCUGCUCAAGUCCUAGGAUCAACUCUGGCAAGCGGAACCCUCCGGCUAAUAUUUAGCGGGGAGCAGAAUCAUUUUGCCGGCACACUUCCGGGCGGGUCGGACAUGCAAUCUUUCGUCUUGGAGUUCAUAAUCACAUUCUACCUCAUGUUUGUCAUAUCUGGUGUCGCCACAGAUAAUCGAGCUAUUGGAGAACUUGCGGGACUUGCGGUUGGGUCUACAGUUCUGCUUAAUGUCAUGUUUGCAGGGCCAAUUUCAGGAGCAUCGAUGAAUCCUGCAAGAAGUUUGGGGCCAGCAAUUGUGUGGAACCAAUACAGGGGUAUAUGGAUAUACCUAGUAGCAACAACCUUUGGGGCCAUAGCAGGUGCUUGGGUCUACAAUAUCAUCAGGUUCACCAACAAGCCCCUGCGUGAAAUCACCAAGAGUGGCUCUUUCCUCAAGAGCGUCAGAAGCAACGGAUCGAACUGACCAAGAAAUGUCAACUAAAUAUUCAUAUAGGAACUUGUAAUAGAAAUUAAAUAAAUUUUUAGUCUUUAAGAGUUAUUUCCAUCAAUGAAUGUGUUGCAUCCUGAUGAGAGACUUUAGUGGAAGCAAGUAAAAUUUAUGAUAUGCGUAUUCAUGGGUUGAAAUAUCAAGCGCGGUACUCUGUGUCAAUGGAAAUAUAACUUUCAAGUGUCGCACUUGGUGUAUACUAAGAUGAAGAUGAAGGAACAUGAACUUUUUCUUAUGUUCAA